GGUCCGUAAUGAGGUUUACUUACCGUCACUGCGUCUCGGUCUCGGUGCUGAACGUUAUCCGUGCUGACUGACGCGCUGACUGGGUAGCGGAUGUCGAUGCGGCGCUGCUCGGCUCGCUCCGGUUCUCCGGCGGUGUUGGAGGCGGCAGCGGGCAGGCAGCUGUUCGAGGCCUGCAGAAGAGGAGACCUGGAGCGGGUCAAGAAGCUGCUCACGGCGGAGAAUGUAAACAGCAGAGACACCGCGGGCCGCAAGUCCACACCGCUCCACUUCUCCUCCGGGUUUGGUCGUAGAGAUGUAGUGAGCUACCUCCUGCAGCACGGGGCUAAUGUUCAUGCACGGGAUGACGGAGGCCUCGUCUCGCUCCACAACGCCUGCUCGUUCGGCCAUGCAGAAGUGGUCGACCAGCUACUGCGGCAUGGCGCCGACCCCAACUCCAGAGACAACUGGAACUACACUCCUCUCCACGAGGCAGCUAUCAAGGGCAAGAUCGACGUCUGCAUCGUCCUGCUGCAGCACGGAGCCGAGCCGAGCGUCCGAAACACCGACGGGAGAACGCCGCUGGAUCUAGCCGAGACCUCCGCUAAGGCGGUCCUGACCGGAGAGUACAGAAAAGACGAACUCCUCGAGAGCGCAAGGAGUGGAAACGAGGAGAAGCUGAUGAGCCUGCUCACGCCUCUGAACGUCAACUGUCACGCCAGCGACGGGAGAAAGUCGACGCCCCUGCAUCUGGCGGCAGGCUACAAUCGUGUGAAGACGGUGCAGCUGUUGUUGCAACACGGCGCUGACGUCCACGCUAAAGACAAAGGGGAUCUGGUGCCUCUCCAUAACGCCUGCUCGUACGGCCACUACGAGGUGACCGAGCUGCUCCUGAAGCAUGGCGCCUGCGUCAACGUGACGGAUCUGUGGCAAUUCACGCCGCUGCACGAGGCGGCGUCCAAGAACCGCGUGGAGGUGUGUUCCCUCCUGCUGAGCCACGGAGCCGACCCCAACUUCCUCAACUGCCACAACAAGAGCGCCAUCGACCUGGCGCCAACUGCCCUCCUGAAAGAUCGCCUGGCCUACGAGUUCGGAGGUUACGCUCUGCUUCAGGCGGCGCGUGAGGCCGAUAUCUUCUGCCUUAAAAAACACCUCUCGCUGGAGACCAUCAACUUCAAACAUCCGCAGACGCACGAGACGGCUCUGCACUGCGCCGCCGCGUCCCUUUAUCCCAAGAGGAAGCACGUAUGCGAGAUUCUGCUGAGGAAGGGCGCCAAUAUAAAUGACAAGACAAAAGACCUCUUGACGCCGCUGCAUCUUGCCGCCGAGAAGUCGCACGACGACAUCAUCGAACUGUUAGUGAAGCACGAAGCCAAAGUCAACGUGGUGGACAGUCAGGGACAGACUCCGCUGCACAGAGCCGCUCAGCGCGGACACGUGCGGAGCUGCAGGCUGCUGAUCGGCGCCGGCUCAGACCCGCUCGUCACCUCACUGCAGGGCUUCACAUCGUCCCAGGACACGCUGCACGGCGUCGGUGAGGCGGCUGACGAGCAGGAACAUCUCAAAGGAGAAGCAGAGCUGAAAGGGAGUUUAGACACCGACAGACAUCUCCUGGAAGCCUCCAAGUCAGGAGACCUAGAGACCGUAAAGAAGCUGUGCACACUCCAGAACGUGAACUGCAGGGACGCAGAGGGACGUCAGUCCACACCGCUGCACUUUGCAGCUGGCUACAACCGCGUGACCGUGGUGGAGUACCUGCUGCAGCACGGUGCUGACGUGCACGCUAAAGACAAAGGAGGCCUUGUUCCGUUACAUAACGCCUGCUCUUAUGGGCACUACGAGGUGGCGGAGCUGCUGGUGAUCCACGGCGCCGUGAUUAACGUAGCCGACCUGUGGAAGUUCACACCGUUGCAUGAGGCUGCUGCAAAGGGCAAGUACGAGAUUUGCAAACUGCUGCUUCAGCAUGGUGCAGAUCCCACCAAGAAGAACCGUGAUGGGAACACGCCUCUGGACCUGGUGAAGGGAGGGGACAUAGACAUCCGAGACCUGCUGAGAGGAGACGCGGCGCUGUUGGACGCUGCCAAGAAAGGGUGUUUGUCCCGCGUGAAAAAACUCUGCAGCCCAGGAAACGUUAACUGUAGGGACACACAGGGACGCCACUCCACACCGCUGCAUCUGGCAGCUGGCUAUAAUAACCUGGAGGUGGCGGAGUAUCUGCUGCAGCACGGCGCAGAGGUGAACUCGCAGGACAAAGGAGGUCUCAUUCCUUUACAUAAUGCUGCUUCCUAUGGGCACGUGGACGUGGCUGCACUGCUCAUCAAGUACAACGCAUGCGUCAAUGCCACUGACAAGUGGGAGUUCACUCCACUGCAUGAGGCAGCUCAGAAAGGGAGGACACAGCUGUGUGCACUGCUGCUCGCACACGGUGCCGAUCCUACGCUACGCAACCAGGAAGGCCAGUCGCCGCUGGACCUUGUGACGGCUGACGAUGUCCGUGCCUUGUUGACCGCAGCCAUGCCUCCGUCUGCACUGCCGGGCUGCUACAAGCCUCAGGUCAUCAGUGUGUCUGCCUCCGGGGCCGUCGUGACCUCUGACCUCUCCUCUAGUUCUGGCACCACCUCUGAAACUUCCACCUUGGGCCUGGAGACACAAGAUGGCCACUUAUCCGAGCUGCUGGGGCCGUCCGGACCCGAGGGAGCGGUGGGAGUUGAGAAAGCCGAGGAAGGCGCAACCUUGGAAUUGAGCAUCAGCCAGUUUCUUCAUAAACUUGGACUGGAACAUCUUCUGGAAAUCUUCAACCGGGAACAGAUAAUGCUGGAUGUGCUGGUGGAGAUGGGGCACAAAGAGCUGAAGGAGAUCGGCAUCAACGCUUACGGCCACAGACACAAGAUCAUCAAAGGAGUGGAGAGGUUCAUUAGCGGACCUCAGAGUUUGAAUCCCUAUUUAACUGUAAACACGGCCAACAGUGGGACUGUACUGAUCGAUUUGGCUUCGGAUGACAAGGAAUUUCAGUCUGUUGAAGAGGAGAUGCAGAGCACGAUCCGAGAGCACAGAGACGGUGGUCACGCCGGCGGAGUUUUCAACAGAUACAACAUCGUGAAGAUCCAGAAGGUGUGCAAUAAGAAGCUGUGGGAGAGAUACACGCAUCGCAGGAGGGAGGUGUCCGAGGAGAACCACAAUCACGCCAACGAGCGCAUGCUGUUCCACGGUUCUCCGUUCGUAAACGCCAUCAUCCACAAAGGCUUCGACGAGAGACACGCGUACAUUGGCGGCAUGUUCGGGGCCGGGAUCUACUUUGCCGAGAACUCCUCGAAGAGUAACCAGUACGUGUACGGAAUCGGAGGAGGCACAGGGUGUCCUGUUCACAAGGACAGGUCGUGCUACACAUGUCAGAGGCAGCUACUGUUCUGCCGUGUAACGCUUGGGAAGUCGUUCCUUCAGUUCAGUGCCAUGAAGAUGGCUCAUUCUCCGCCAGGCCACCACUCGGUGUCGGGGAGACCCAGCGUCAACGGCCUCGCCCUCGCCGAGUACGUCAUCUACAGAGGAGAGCAGGCUUAUCCUGAAUAUCUGAUCACCUAUCAGAUUAUCAAGCCGGAUGGGACUCUGGAUUAAGACCCCGACUCUCCAGUCCAGACACUGCAUGCGCAUUCCCAUGUUCCAUCUUUUCUACCUCCCUUUCUUCACUCCCUCGAUAUUUAUCGCCGAUACCCGUCUUAUUCCGCAGACCUCGUACAGUCAGUCGUAACACUGCAAAUCCACACUCUUCUCGAAGCCUCACAAAUGCAUCACAAAACGUGGCUUAUUUAUUUUACAAGACUGUAAGACGAGUGUAUAUAGAUUUCCUUUUUUUGUACCAGCAUGUUGAUUUAUUGAUAUUUGUAUUAUAAAGAUUCUAUGCUCGGGUGAUUUAUCGUGUAAAUCGGAUGCCAAACCCGUUAAAGCUACAGAAUGGUAGAUUUUGGAAUUUCGCCCUCUCUGGGGGUUAAAAAAAAAACAUUACGGGCUAUUUGUUGAAGAAGGUUUUGUACCGUGAGUGGGAUUAACGUCAUGGCUCUGAGAGUGAGUUCAUCCGUGUUCGGACGAGUUAAAGAACAACGACUCUGAGGAUAAACGCACGGUGGAUAAAACACUAGCUGAAGCACAAUGUAAAAAAAAACACUAACCUAUAAUGUGAUUUACGUUGUUCUCCGGUCUGAUAGAAACAUCUGGAACGAACCAGACGAUGUAGAAACAUCUGGAACGAACCAGACGAUGUAGAAACAUCUGGAACGAACCAGACGAUGUAAUAAUAUAACCAAGAAAAGAUGGAGAAACACAGACACCUCCUGUAGGUUACACCACCACCACUGGCUAAUGAUACAAACUACACACAAAAAAGGAUAAGCUUAGUCUUGCACUUUCUCACUCUUUCUUGCCCUUCCUCUUUCUCUCACCCAUCCUUCUCUGCCCACAUCACUCUCUCUUUUUCUUGUUCUCCUUCUCUCACUUCUCUGUCUCCACCUUCCUCUCUUUUUCUGUCUCUUUGUCUCUUUCUCUCUCCUUUCUCCCCCUUCCCCUAUUCUCUCUUUGUUCUUCUCUUCCCCCACCACUCACUAUCUUUCUUCCUCUCCAUCUCUAAAUCUUUUCAUCCUUUCUCUCUCUCUCUCUCUCUCUCUCUCUCGCCGUUUCUACCUGUCUGUCUAUUCACUCUCUCUUUCCAUCUUUCUUUCCCCACUCCUAUUCUUUCUCUCUCUCUUUCUCUCUCUCUCUAACUCUUGUCAUGUCACUUUCCAUCCUUCUCUCCCUCCCUCUCUUUUUCCACCCUUGUUUCCCCACCCCUCCCUUUCUUUCUCUCUAAAUCCUUCCAUCUCUCUCUCUAUCUCUCUCUCACUGUCUCUACCUGUCUGUCUUUUCUUUCUCUCUCUUUCUAUUCUUCUUUCCCCACCCUCCUCUCUCUCUUUCUCUCUCUCUCUCUCUCUCUCUCUCUCUCUCUCUCUCUCUCUCUCUCUCUCUCUCUCUCUGACUUACGGUUACAGGGUUAUCAGGGUGACUUACAGCUCAGGAACAUCAUAUUAUACAGAAUUUUAUUGUCCCAACAGUCAGCGAUAUUUUUUUUUCACCUCCAAAAAAAAAAAAUCUACACACUGUGGCUUUAAACACUAUGGCUGAAGCGAGAAACGUCACUGAAUAUUAUUACACCGUUAUGGCAUUACAUUAGACGUUCUUGGUGUCGGUGAUAUUCUAUUUUGGUGUGAUGUUCUCCGUAGACAUCCUCCGUAUAGACAGGAUGGAGAAGCUCAAGAUUCUUAAUUAGAAAUCAGUGUUUCACUUUUUGAUGGAGGAAACGGAACCGUUCUGCAUUUUACUAUUGUUUUAAUGCACCUUCCACGUUUCCUCCUCCUCGGAUGCUUUCAACGCUCGCCCUGACACAGCAAUGUUGCGAAGAAAUUCUAUAGGAGGCUUUCACUGGCAAUUUAGUCUAAAACAGAGCCAUGAUUCCGGUGAACGUGAACACAACUCGGGUCUUCACCUGUUCAGGUACAAAUGUAACCUGUUCACCUGUGAGCUUCUUUCAAAAUGUUCAGCUUCAUCUGCUAGCCUAGCGGUUAAGGUGUUAGGCUACCAAUCAGAAGGUUGUCAGUUCGAUUCCUACGUCCACCACGCUGCCACUGCUGGGCCCCUGAGCAAGGCCCCUAAUCCUCAAUUGCGCAGUUGUAUAAAAAGGAGAUAAAAUGUCGGUCGCUCUGGAUAAGGGCAUCUGCUAAAUGCUAUAAAUGUAGACCUGCUCAGAUUUCAACUCUUAAAACAGCCAAUCUCUGAAUCAUCAGUUUCAUUUUCACAGAUACGCCAAAGAUAAAGAAGACUUUGUUGAAUAAGCAAAUUGAUUACUGGAAUUUGUGUCUCCAACCCUCCAACCCCCCCCCCCCCCCCCCAAAAAAAAAAAAAAAAAGAGUUUACUGAGUAAGAACUAAUUUUUUUCACAUGACCUCCCAUUGACGCCAAUAAUCCGAACGCCACUCUGCCAGUGUAUCUAACCAAGGGUGUGUUGGACAAUACUGGGAAUGUGGAAUCCUCCUUUUCCUCCUAAACAUGAUGGACAGCCCGGCUUAACAAGUAGCUGGUUUGUACAUUAAGGACAUGACUCAAGCAACUCUUAUGCCGUCGUUGCGUGACCGUCUCUGAUGCGACUCAUUUGUUGUGCAUGGUAUGCUUUGUAGAGUCAUGUUUGGAGCUGCUUUUGUUUUGUGCUUCUUCGGUGUUCCAUGGCAGGGAUAAUAAUAAUAAUAAAAAAAAAAACUAAACAGGUGUUUGCUUUUUUUGAUGCACACAAAAUACAAAACUUAACUAUACGUGAAGCAAAGUCCCAAGAUGUCACAAGAGUCUUCACACCAUGUCAGCCUGAGAUACUUAAACAAGCCCUGGUUAUACAAAUAUAAUAAACUGUCUGUCUGAUCA